CGUAUCUAAUCGACGGCCAAGUGGAGUGGGGCCUGCCUUUGAUCACGCCGACCGAUAGCAACCCUGAAAUCUUCGCUGUUUCUUUGCGAUUCUGUUGCAAGCAGACCAUAGCGACCAUGUCCGCCGACGACCUGCUGGAUGUGCUUGCGGACUACACCAAAGACGUGCGGACUCUGACCGGCUCCAUCUGGGAUGCCAGCGACCGGCACUUUGCCAGCGUCGCCGGCUACGUGAAGCGACACGUCCCUGAGCAGUGGCUGCCCGAGUAUGCGCGACCACCGCCACCGUCGCCGCCGCCUCCGCCACACGGCGUGACCGGUGCCUACAUGGAACGACUGCAGGACUGGGUGUCGCGCAACCGUGCACUCACGGCGGCGAUUGUCGCGUUCUGUGGCACAGGAAGCUACAUGUUGUGGAGGCAGAACAGAUCUCACAACCGCAAGAGAAGAGCGCGGCGCGCAAGCAACGGCGCCCGGCGUGAGGUUGUGGUGAUUGCUGGACCGCCAAACUCGCCCAUCACGCGGUCGCUGUCGACGGAUCUCGAGCGCCGCGGGUUCAUCGUCUACAUUGUGUGCUCGAGCAUCGACGAGGAGCAGCAGGUCUUGGGUGAAUGCCGCGCAGAUGUCAAGCCGCUGCAUCUGGACAUUGCAGACACCAUGGGCACGCGCGAUGCCAUGGAGCGCUUCAACGCCAUGCUCACGCGGCCGCACGUCGCCUUCCAGGGCGCAAGUCCGCACAAUCUCAAUCUCCGCGGCGUCGUCUUGGUGCCGGAUCUGAUCUUCCCCUCGGGGCCCAUAGAGACCAUCCACCCCGAGCUGUGGUCGGAUGCCCUAAAUGCCAAAGUACUGAACACGAUAGCGGUGACCCAGGCGCUACUGCCGACCAUCUGUCAAUUCAAAUCCAGGGUACUCAUGCUUACCCCGAGCAUUGUUGCGUCAUUACGGCCGCCGUUCCACGGAGUCGAGACUACGGUGGUGUCUGCGCUCGAGGGGUUCCUUGCGACGUUGAGAGGGGAGCUCGGGACUCUGGGCAUCCACGCGAUCCAAUUUCACCUCGGGACAUUCGAUUACUCGAACGUUGGCCCGAAACACCACCUCCAAACGAAAACAGCUCCAAGCCCGCUUGGCUGGCCUGCAGGAACGCGCGAGAUGUAUGCUAGUAACUUCACGAACCAAGCACGGAUAGGGCAGAGUCGGGGGUUGUUCAGCCAAAACAGCCCAGGCACCUCCUUGCGCGAACUGCACAACGCAGUCUUCGACGCCGUGACGCAGAAACGUCCACGCAAGGUCUGGCGCGUGGGCCGAGGCAGCGUGACCUACGGCCUCGUGGGGUCCUGGCUCCCCAACUCGCUAGUAGGCUGGAUGAUGGGCCUAAGACGGGUGUCGCUCGACACAGCAUCGACGCCGAAGUUGGAGGACAGCGUGCAGUCGUGGGAGAGGGUCGAGGCUGUUGCUUGAGGCAGACGUGGCGCUAACAAGCGCUCGAAGCAGGCCAUGUUAAUCUUGGCUGCUACCCGGCAACCGACAGAAUGCAGAUCAGUGUGAAGAAGUCUGGAGCAUGACGCGGAUGCGUGCGACUCGUGAUUGGUCACGUUACAUGAGCAUCGCAGAGCUUAUUUUGGCGUCCCGCAGGCGAUUAGGAAAGGUGGUGGAGGAAUACGAAGUUUAUUGAUUCGGUGAGCUAGCAGCAAAAGCAUAUGGGCAGCCAGCCAGUGUGGUUGCUGGCGGCGACACUCAAUGAAAAAUUCUCAGCUCUUGCGCGCUCGCUGCAGGAACAGUCGUUCGUGAGUUUGAUGAGGUGCAGCUGUCGCAAACGCAAUGGGCCCCGCUCUGUCUCCACAGCCGCAGAGCGCCAAUGAAG